AAUUGACACUUUUAAAAUGGAACGACGGCAAAGUAAAUCAGAUUCUUCAAUAACGGGAAAGGAGGUUACAAACAGAAAAGUUAAAAAGGAGACAAUAAUGACAUCCUCUGACUCAAGAACAUUCUUGGCAAUUACUACAGACUGUAGAACAAAUUUAAAGCAGUCUAGCUACGGAACAUGUCGAGUUCCGGUUAAUACGCCACAACAGCGUUUGUUCUCGCCGUCAAUAUCGACUACGGAUUGGAAUUCUUUAAUUCCUCAUCAUCAUGCUAAACAAAUGGAAUCAAUAACAGAAAAAUUUGACAAUGUCUACGUUAGAUUUCCUUUUAAACAUGCUGCUUCAGCAUCAGCUACAGCGCGCAACGCCCGACCACUUUCGCCAGGUACAUCGUUGAAACAGAAAACAAGUCAGGCAACGAGACGCGUUGCUAAAGUCAUGGCAAAAGAGAAAAAAGAGGAGAAAGCGAAGAAAAGUGGACGAUUGAGAAGAGGGAGACUAGAAGAAAUGAAUCCGGUUUUUGUAGCCGGUCCAACAAUGAACAAUUGUCGGGGAAUUGUGGCGGAAACUAGGUCUUACUCAGCAAGCCCUAGUCGAAGUUUACAGAGACGCAGACAAAUCUUAAGUACAUUAAACAGAAAUUAUUUACCUGAUAGGCCUCAAACUGGUGAAUCAGUUCAUCAAACCUCCGUAGCUUCUGAUGACGAGAGAGGAGUUACUUUCCAUCAGGAUGGCUCGGAUGUGUACGUCAAGCCUAAAUCUAAAAGCACUUGUAAGGAAGAGUCGAGUGAUAAAGAACAAAGGGAUAAGCCUAACGAUGAUGGCGAUGACAGCGAGGGUAACAACGAGUGCAAAGGUGUUGGGAAAAACGGUAGAUUUAUUUCUAACAAUAGUAGAAACCAAGCAAAAGAAAAUGAAAAGUCCGAUAAAAAGGUUGAAGAACCUAAUUCGGGUAAUCAAGUCAAGUGCUCUACUGCUAAGUUAAAGUACGAUCGACCGCAGAGCGCCUCUUCCACAGAACACGGAAGGAAAAAUAUAAAUUUAUCGAGACCUCAAAGCGCAAAACCUUUCAGGAAUUAUGUUCUUCACGAAGAACCUCAAUGCGAUGGACUCUUGGAUAUUUCAUCCAAAUUUUUACACGCCAGAUGUUCUGGCACUUGCGUUAAAUGCUCAAGGGAAUGCGGCGCCAUCUUGUGUAGAAAAUGCUCAAAAUAUUUUGGUUGGUGUGAGAAUGAUGAGAGAUUAAUUUAUGCAACGGAGAAAAAUAAAAUUAGAUCAACCUCAAUUGACAAUAAAGAAAACCAUUUUAAAAAUAUAGAAAGACUUUCAUACGCUAAGAAUAACCUGAAUACUGAAUAUAAAGAGGAAAAGCUAACUGUUGAGAAUGAUUCAUCGCUUAUAAAUUUAAAUAAAAUCAACCGAAAUGCUUGGACGGAAGAGGCAGUUGAUAAAAUGAAAAUUGAAAUUGAAAGUAGUACAUUAAACAAUGCUAAAGAGAUAAAAAAAUUAAACACGAUUGAUAAAAAGAAUGAUUCAAAUUUAGUAAUGACAACUGUAUACUACUCUACCAAGCCUGAUGAAAUAAGUUCGUAUGAAGCGGAAGUUAGAUCGGAGGCAGUAAAUUCAAUAGGAAGUUUUCGAAAGUUCAAUUGUGAAGAAGAUUCAAUUAAGUUUCGAGUGAACGUUUAUCCACCAAAAGGUUAUGUCUAUUAUUUCUCUUAUACGUCAGAAGUGAUGCUACAAUCUGAAAAGUGCUGGUCAAUUCUAUUUGGUUUUCGACUAACAAAUAGGCCUAAAAAGAGAUACAUGGACAUUGAAAUUGAUGAGAAAAGCUCAGUAGAGGGACAGCUCUUCUUAAUUUCAGAACAACAAUUUGCGGUAAUUGAUCGCCAAUUUGCUCAUUUAGAGAGAAUAGCUUUACCCGUUUGGAUUUUAAAUUGUGAUAAUGAUGAUGUUGGUUUGACCGAGUUAUGCGUGCCUGCUGUUACUUAUACAAGAAAAUUAAAUGAUAAAAGACUUAAUAUUGAUAUUGAACAGUGUAAAGUACAAAUAGAUUGCAUAAAUUAA